AUGACUGAAAAUUUUUUCAACACGAGAUUUGUCAUCUUGGCCUCUCUUUUAUCAGCUGUCGGCGUAAAUGGGAUACCCACUAACGGGUACACGGUAAACGAAGGAGCUGGAAAAGAAUAUAAGUUGGUGUAUCAGUCACGGACCUGGAGCUCGGCGGAGGAAACCUGCAAGCGUGAUGGGGCUAAACUCGCGGUACCAAAGUCGAAGGAAGAAUUCGAAUUCAUUCAGAGGCUUGUCCGUGGCAUGUAUUAUCCGGCGAUAACUGGUACCUCAUACAAGUUUGUGGUCUGGGUCGGUAUCAAUAACCUGGAAAACUACAAAGUCUGGAAAAACGUCGAGGGUGAAAAUAUAGAAAACUCUGGAUAUUACACAUUUUCUGGCGAUAAUGGCAAAGGUUACAGUGAUAACCCUGCUGAGCCGCACUGCGUUGCGAUAGAUCCUGCCAACCCAGGUCUGAGGGAUUGGUGGUGCCACCACCAGCAGCCAAUCAAUCUAUGUGUGACUUCGGAUAAGAAUACACUUGUUUUAUUAACAUUUGUGAGUGAUUAUUUGGGAAUUAACGUGAUCUGGGUUUGCUCGUGCCCACGUCAAGUGCAACCUGGUCAAAACAUUAGGCAAUUAAAAGAAUCUGAAGGCAAAGAGUAA